AUGACUUUCAUGAAAAGAUACUCCGGUCUUCUGUUGCAAUUCAGUCAUGAGGGUGUGGAUAUUAUGGAUGUAAACAGACAUGUGCUCAUCGUUCACCGAUCCGGUGGAUCUGAGUUUAUAAAGGCAACAGAUGUGAUUACAAAUCCUUAUACAAUGAUCUUUUAUAGUACUCUUCUCAUACACCAGAUACUUUCAGAAAAGUUCAAUGGUGUUGACGAUUUAAAAAUAAGUUACAAUCCGUUAACCGAAUUACAAAGAUUAGUGGAUAGCAUUGAUGGUUCGGGUGAACUAAGAGAAUAUCAAAUAUGA